GUCAACAUAAAUCUUUCCAAUCUUUAAUAGUAUUAAUUAUUCCUCUAAUUUUUCUUCAUUAGAAGGGGAAAAAGAAAAAUGGAAACCAAGUAAUAGCAUAUCCUUUUGAAGAACCAAAACCAAAUGCAAAUAUUUCCCAAUAACAAACUAGUCACAACGUUAUGUUACACACCAUUCGCAGGUUAGCCAGGCACCCCCAUUUCCUGUCCCUGACCACUUUUUCUUGUCAUCACAUUCCGACUCCGACUCUCAAUUGCAUGCUUCACCACCAUUAUUCAAUUUCCAUGGAAAAUGAUGCGCGCAGACUUUUCGACCAAAAUCCCACAUCCCGAAGCAUAGGCUCCUGGAACAUGAUGAUCGCCUCCUACCUUCAAAGCGGCCAACUCCGAAAGGCUCAGGACUUGUUCGACCAAAUGCCAGUGAAGGACGUAGUUUCGUGGAACACCAUGUUGUCGGGCUUACGCAAAAGUAAAAACCCACAUGGAGUGUAUAUCUGUUUCAUACAAAUGAUGAGGAUCGGUUUUAGACCCAACGACCAUACAAUCUCCGUGGUAGUCAGCGCGGUGUUGAAAACAGAGUUCAUCGUUUUGGUCCCCCAAAUUCACGUUUUUGAAGUAAAAAGUUUGGCACCUAACCCAAAUGUGUUUGUCGGGUCGGCAUUAAUGGUAGGGUAUGCGAAUCUGGGCAAUCCGGUAGCUAUGAGUAGAGUGUUUGAUGAGAUUUUAGAAAGAGACGUUACCUCUUGGAAUGCAUUGGUUUCGGGUUAUAUGGAAAUGGGGUACACAAAAGAGGCUCUGAGAGUUUUUGAUGCCAUGCCGGAGAAGAAUGUAGUUUCUUGGACUAGUUUGUUAAAAGGGUACAUUCAUAAUAGGAUGAUUAACAAGGCUCGGGAUGUUUUCAACAAAAUGGGCGAAAGGAAUGUGGUUUCUUGGACCGCAAUGAUUAAUGGAUAUGUGCAAAACCAGAACCUCGUGAAUGGUUGGAAGCUUUUUCGUUUGAUGUUGAGAUCAGGGACUAUUCCUCCUAAUCAUUUUACGUUUUCAAGUGUGUUAGAUGCAUGCGCAGGUUGUUCUUCGCUUCUCAUGGGCCAGCAAGUUCAUACAGGGAUUGUAAAGUACGGGAUACCAGAUGAUAUCGUCUUGUCAACCUCGCUUGUUGAUAUGUAUGCAAAAUGCGGAGACACUGACGCAGCAUUUCGAGUUUUCGAGGCCAUGCCUAUUAAGAACUUGGUGUCAUGGAAUUCACUAAUAGGAGGAUGUGCUAGAAAUGGCCGUGCUAUGAGAGCAUUGGAGAUGUUCAACAGAAUGACAGAGACCGGCACUAAACCUGAUGAAGUUACAUUCAUCAACUUGUUAUGGGCAUGUGGGCAUGGAGGAUUGGUUGAGGAAGGAGAGAAGCACUUCGAUUCCAUGGUGCGCAAGUACGGCAUCCUAGCAGGGUUGGAGCAUUAUGCUUGCAUGGUUGAUCUUUAUGGAAGGGCAGGUCAGCUAGAAAAAGCAUAUAAAUUGAUCAAAGUGAUGCCAUUUGAGCCAGAUGUUGUUGUUUGGGGUGCAUUGCUUGGAGCAUGUUGUAUGUAUUCAAGUUUGGAACUUGGUGACUAUGCUGCCCAGGGAAUUAAGAAGCUGAAAGAUGAUCAUCCUGCUAUCUAUUCAAUGCUUUCAAAGAUUCACGGUGAAAAAGGUGCCUGGAGCAGUGUAGCUGAAUUGAAGGGAAUCAUGAAAAAGAAGAAUGUUAUGAAGCAGACUGCAGGCAGUUGGAUUGUCUCUGAUUUUGGCAAAAGAUGAUCUGGCUUGGGGUUUUCAUCUCCCUUAAAGCAGCAUACAUUAAGUGUUCCCAUUUAUUCUAUAACUCCUUUUAUUAGGGGUUGUAAUUCAAAUUUCAUCUUAAUUCAUUAUGGAAAUUGUUUGGGAUUAUGAAAAAGUUACGCGUUAGACUAAUAUUUCUAGAGGUUAAUUUCAUUAUCGCCCUAAAAAAUAUAACAGCUGUUUUCAAAAUGACAUUUUCAAACCAUAAGUUUCAGCUUCUAAUUGGACAGGGUGGCAGCAAAUGCGUCCAAAUCAUAUUUAAUUCAUUCUUUCCCCACCGUAAGUGCUAAAUACCUAACAUCUUGCUGCUAAAUAACAGAAUCCAAACAGAUUGAAAAAGUUAGAUAAGUUACAAAUAAGAGUCUAAAAUCUACCGUAGGAAGUGGUACAGAACAUUCCCAAAUCCAUUUUCACCGACAACUGAGCUCCAGAGACACAAAAUGCAUAAAAAUAAAAA